CAAGCCCAGUAAUCCGGAUUGUCAACCCAGAUGCGUCUACAGACCGACAACAGGCCAUACUGGUGGCAACCAAAGAGGCUCAUCAGUUUCGUGACAGACAGCGAAGCUUCUCGACCCCCCCCAUGGAGCUCCUGAACCGCCCGACUGCUUUGGCCCAUGCAGAGAAUCUCCUGAAAGCAGAGGGCAUCUGAGCUCCGACCAGACAGCAGUGCCUGGGAAAGCUGGUGGUUCCCUUUGGCCAAUAUAUGAAUGCACCGUUCCACUGGCUUGUCUCAAAUGAUGUGGGCUACCUGAAAUACAUUCUAGAUAAGCACAGGGAGGAGAUGUCUAACCCAAUGAAGAAGGGAGAGGCUGUCAAUCAGUGGCUUAAGGACCUUCUCACAGAAUAUGCUGAAAGUUUCCCACAGACCUCUGAUAUCCUGGAGGCAAAUAUAGAUAAUUGUAUCUAUGGACAGAAGGGAUUGGAGAACUACACCUUCAAGGAGAUGUGGGGACUUUACAGCCAGUAUUCUUUGGUUAAAAAAAACCCAGCGAAUUUCACCAAAAGUGAGACGGACAAAAUUCACAAGGCCUGGAGCUCAGUGAAGAGGUGGCUAAAUACUCCAGUGACCCAUAUUUCCAGUGUCCAAAUGAAGCGCUUCAGGAAAUACAUUUACGAGAAGGAGCAACAACCAGAGGUCAGUGUCUCCCAGCAAUGUCCUACUGCAUGGCCGGAGGAUGAGGCUGAGAUGGUGGCUGCUUGCCAGUCUGUGGAAGACUUGAUCCAGUCACAUAAAACUGAGCCCACGAAGAAAGUCAGCUCCUUCCGGGAUCUUUUUAAUCCUACGAGCCUGCCCAAGCUGACUGAGACAUCCCUUAAGCCACGAUCCUCAACAGAACAAAGGCACCUGCAGUCCUCCACAGAGCCCGAGCCCCCCGACUCCCCCACACAGCAGAGAGAGAUCCUGUCCUCCAGGCAGUCCAAGCCAACCCACUCAUUAAAGCACAAGCACAAAUCAAGUGUCCCACACAGACAGCAGCCUGAAACUCCAGCCGUACCUUCCACCAAAUCUCUUCCUGCACCUCAGCAUGUAGAUAAUCCACUCCAAGCAACUCCUAGUGACUCUGAUGUGGAGUUAGAGGGGUGGGUGAGAAAUUGGGAAAACCCUAACGGCAUUCCCACAGCUGACAUUUUCUGGCUGAAGGAGGACACAGAGAGGGGUCUGUUCACACCUGUUCAGACUUACAAAGACGUCACCGGAUUCUGCAAGAAAAGGAGGGUGCUAAAGUCUGACAGGAUGUGGUUUUAUCCUCCAGAACCUCCAGCCUUUGUACGUCAUAUUUGUGAUGUAUCUAGCUUGUACACUAUGCUGACGGAGGUCUUGUGUUGCGGGCCCUGCACAAAGGCAGCAAGGAGCGGAGAUGGAGGCACCGUGGGAAGAUGGCUUGCAUGGGAUCCAGCCAUUUUACAGCAGCUCAGUGAGGCUCAUCAGGCUAUGUUCCCCACUAUCCUCACCAGCAAGCGUGGUGUGGACAAGAAGGUGGUGCGUCUUCUGCGAGACCGCACAGAAGGAAACACCAUGGCGAAGGUGUGGAGGCAGAUCCAGGAGAACCAUGUGGAGGAGCACCUCCAUCGUCUGGAUCUCUACACCACACUGCUCAUGUCUGUCGCGAAACAUGGAGGGAUCAUUGGUGCGUUUGGCCAUACUUUCCAGCCUCCACCUCCUCAGAGAGAGCUUCCAUCAGCCCGUCUUUUGCCACACGCCUUUCUGCUGACCGGAGGCUGA